UUUUGCUUGAAACUCCCGAGCGCAGUGUGUCAUCGUCGGCGGUCUGUUUCUUUAAAUAUUUUCUGCCGCAAAGGAUUGUGGGUAAUAGAUCUCCUGGCCGCUGCCUCUUUUCUUUCGGCAGCCACACGCGCUUCCACGCGGCUGCGCAAAAUUGUUCCUGAAUUUGGACCGAACGUGCUGAAUCCUCGUCGCAAGCGGAAAAGUGUUGCGAUCGUCGUGUGAAAAUGUGCGCGAGGGGGACGGCGGAGUACGACGAGGAACUGUGGGGUCCGAAAGAGGAGGAGGAGCCAAAAGGUCAACUACUGGACUCCGUGUUCAAUCUGCAGCCUCGAAUUGUGCUGCGCAGAGCAAGAGACCGAAAACUGAGUUGCGGACAGAAAAGAACAACACAAAUACGACACCAAGACAUCGGUAAAGAUCUUCAACCUGAGCGGCAGGAGCCACAGCCCCCUCACAUUAAAGAGGAAGAGGAGGAUGAAGAGGUCCACCACAUCAGAGAGGAAGAGGAACUGGAGACCAGUCCCAUUAAAAAAGAGGAGGCAGAAGAGCGCCCCCACAUCAAACAGGAAGAGGAGGAGGAGAUCAGCAAGUUUUCAACUGGUGUCCCUUUGAAGAGUGAAGGUGACGGUCAAACAGAAGAGAGCAAAGGGGCGGAGCCUCCAAGCAGCAGCUCAAGUCAACACAUGACAACAGAAGGUGAUGGAGACCCCGAUGCAGGAUCACAACCAGAUGGCCUCUUCGCUCCACUAUCAGAUAGUGAUGGCAUGAUGUCACAAUCUCCGAACACUGAUGAAAGUUAUGAUGAUAAACAGUCUGAAGGUGAUAUGGAAAUUCCCACUGACAACAAACAAUGGAAAUGUUCUCAGUUUGGGAAAACCUUUGCUGACAAGAAGGCUUUGAAGAUAACACACACUGGAGAGAAACCUUUUGCCUGCUCAUUUUGCAGUAAAAGAUUCACUCAGAAGGGAACCUUGAAAAUACACACAAGAACGCAUACUGGAGAGAAACCUUUUUCCUGCUCAGUUUGUGGUCAGAGAUUCACUCAGAAGGGAGAUUUGAAAAUACACGCAAGAACCCACACUGGCGAGAAACCUUUUGUCUGCUCAGUUUGCGGUCAAAGAUUCACUUAUGAGGGCCAAUUCAAAAUACACACAAGAGCGCACACUGGAGAGAAACCUUUUUCCUGCUCAGUUUGUGGCCAAAGAUUCUCACAGAAGAAAACCUUCAAAAUACACACAAGAACCCACACUGGUGAGAAACCUUUUUCGUGCUCCGUUUGCAGUAAAAGAUUUACUCAAAAGGGACAAUUAAAAGUGCACUCAAGAACCCACACUGGUGAGAAACCUUUUUCCUGCUCAGUUUGUGGUCAAAGAUUCUCUGUAAAGGGAAGCUUAAAAAGACACACAGCGACACACACUGGUGAGAAACCUUUUUCCUGCUCAGUUUGCGGUCAAAGAUUCACUCAGAAGGGAGAUUUAAAAAUACACACCAGAACACACACUGGAGAGAAACCUUUUGCCUGCUCAGGUUGCAGUAAAAGAUUCACGAGGAAGGGAGAUUUAAACAUACACACAAGAACCCACACUGGUGAGAAACCUUUUUCCUGCUCAGAUUGUGGUAAAAAAUUCACUCAGAAGGGAGCCUUAAAAGUACACUCAAGAACCCACACUGGUGAGAACCGUUUUUUUCUGCUCACUUUGUGAUCAUAGGUUCCCUCGUAAGACACACGGGUGCUGGUGAGAAUAGCCGUGAUCAAAGUCUUUUAAUGACGAUGGAAAUGUUUCAUAGCAAAAGUAAUUACAAUGUGAGUGACUGAGGGUUUUGUGUUCAUCUUGUUGUCGUCUAUCUAUUUAUCUACAUAUAUAUAUAUAUAUAUAUAUAUAUAUAUAUAUUUGGUUUUAUCUUGGGGUCUUGUUCACGAGUGAGGGAAGGAUUGAACGGGAGAUCGACAGGCGGAUCGGUGCGGCGUCUGCAGUGAUGCGGACUUUGUAUCGGUCCGUUGUGGUAAAGAAGGAGCUAAGCCGAAAGGCCAAGCUCUCGAUUUACCGGUGGAUCUACGUUCCUACCCUCACCUACGGUCACGAGCUGCGGGUCGUGACCGAAAGAACGAGAUCCCGGAUACGAGUGGCCGAAAUGAGUUUCCUCCGCAGGGUGUCCGGGCUCUCCCUUAGAGAUGGUCAUCCGGGAGGGGCUCAGAGUAGAGUCUGUGCUCCUCCGCAUCGAGAGGAGCCAGAUGAGGUGGCUCGGGCAUCUGAUUCGGAUGCCUCCCGGACGCCUCCCUGGUGAGGUGUACCGGGCACGUCCCACCGGGAGGAGACCCCGGGUACGACCCAGGACACGCUCCCGGCUGGAUGCCUCUGGAUCCCACCGGAAGAGCAGGAUGAAGUGGCUGGGGAGAUGGAAGUCUGGGCGUCGCUGCAAAACCUACUGCCCCCCGUGACCCGACCUCGGAUAAGUGGUAGAAAAUGCAUGGAUAAUUAUCAAAGAAGUGAAUGAUUGACUGAUAUAAGACUGGAAAGAAACGGACCUUUGGUGGUAAAUCAAUAAAAUAAGCUUCUUCAAACAGUGA